AUGUCUGAAGCUAACUUGAAAGCUCAUUCUGCUUAUGGAUCUUCAGAAAGCGAGUCUUCUCAUUCGGAUGCUGUGAAUGUGAUACAGACUGAAGAAAAUGAUAAUACACAAUUUGGCGGACCUAUACACUCAUCUUCAUCAUCUUCGUCUGGAAAUUCAGAAUCUUACAGGUCUAAUAGAUACGGUCAUGAAAGCAGAUUACAUGCAAACGAGUCAUCCCCAUCUGAUUCCACUCAUAAUAUGGACUAUGUUCCGGGCUCUUUUAAAAAGCAACUACAUACAGGAAAGAAUCCUAUCAAUAUUCAAGAUCCACUGAUUGCACUAGCCUCCCCCGUCAGAAAGUCACCUCUCUCUCAUGAGUACAACUAUAAGCCAAAUUGUGCAACUCAACCGCAUUUCCACAAUUCAGAUAUCACCCAUUCGACUAUUUCAUUACCAACGCCUUCAAAUAAUCUUCCGUUUAAAGCUUUGUAUGGAUCAAUAAAGGAGGAGGGAGAAGCAGAUAGUAUACAAUCCAGCACAUAUCAAAUUGCAUCAUCCCCGUUGAUUUCUACAUCUUCUGCCGGGUUCAUUGAGGACAAUUUGGAAAGUGCAAAUGUAGCAUAUCCACAAUCAGGGCCAUUAUCAUUCGAAAGAAAGCUCAAAUAUUACGUGCCUUGUUGCAAUUGGAUGGCUCAAUACACUCUGGACAAUUUCUUUCACGAUCUUGUUGCUGGUCUUUCCUUGGCAUCCUAUCAGAUUCCUUUAAGUAUGUCAUUUGCUACUGCAGUUGCACACGUUCCUACAAUAUGUGGUCUAUUGGGUCUUACGGUAGCACCAACAAUAUAUAUGUUUCUAGGUUCUGUUCCCCAAAUGAUAGUUGGACCGGAGGCUGCUGUGUCGAUGAUUGUCGGUCAAUGUAUUGAGAAGAUCAUUAAGCACAAUCCGGAUGUUUCUUCAGUUGAUUUAUUAAUUGUUCUGGCAUCAUGUUCUGCCUCUAUAUUACUUAUGUUUGGGCUCAUGCGUUUUGGAUUCAUCGACAAUGUUCUUUGUAGCUCCCUUAUGAAAGCCUUUAUUACGGCAAUUGGUGUUACUAUGAUGAUAAACUCGACCAUUUCCAUUCUGGGCUUGGAUUCUGUGCUUUCAAGCCUUCCGUCAGACAUACAUGUUCAUUCCCCCUACCAAAAGCUUGUGUUUUUGAUCCAGCACAUUCACAAGUUUCAUUCAUCCACAACUGCAAUCGGCUUCUCAGCAUUCGCUGCCUUGUUUAUCAUGAAAUAUAUUAAAUCACUAUUCAUCAAGAGAAAGCACAAGUGGGCCUCUUUCUUUCCUGAAAUUUUGGUCGUGGUCGUUUUUUCAACAUUCAUGUCAUACAUGCUUGAUUUUGAAAAGCAUGGAAUAAAUGUACUAGGAAAAGUGGAUGUCAGUGGCUUUCGAUUAAAGUUACCAUUUACCUCUCAUUUGAGGCCUUGGUACAGUGAGCUUUUCGUUGCCUCUUUCACGUGUGCAAUCUUGGGAUUCUUUGAAAGUUCGACAGCUGCGAAAUCGUUGAGCUCUUCCACAACCCCGGUUUCCUCUAAUAGAGAAUUGGUUGCGUUAGGUUCAGUGAGUCUCUCUGUGAGUGUUUUUGGUGGGUUACCGUCAUUUGGAGGAUAUGCAAGGUCAAAAUUGAAUGCUACAAACGGAGCGCGUACACCUGCUUCUGGUCUUUUCAUGGGCCUUACGACUCUUCUCACAACACUUUACCUUUUGGAUUAUAUUUAUUAUCUUCCCAUCUGUGUGCUUAAUGCUGUGAUUGCAAUAGUUGGCUUAUCUCUUCUUAAGGAAUCUCCCGGUGAAGUUAAAUUCCACAUCCGCACAGAAGGUUAUAAUGAACUCUUUACGUUUUUCCUCACGCUUGUUUCCUCGUUCUUCUAUACCGUUGAACUUGGUGUUGGGAUUGGAACCUUCUAUUCUUUAAUGAGAGUGAUUAAACACAGUACCAAAUCCAGAAUUCAAAUUUUGGCUCGCGUUGCCGGAACGGAUAUUUUUGUUAACUCAGACUUUGUCGAUGAUGAUGGUGCACCAUUGAAAAAGGUUGCUGUCAAAGGGUAUAAGGAAUUCAGAAGGAAAUCCAUGAUUCGACACAGACUGGAGGCAGGAGAAUUGCCAAACAAUUCUCUUUCUGAGGAGCAGUCUGUUGAUACAGAUGAUAAAAAGGAUUCUGAUAGUGAUGCUGCACCACAACUAGAGGACAGGGAAGGGUGCUUGAUUAUUAAAAUUCCAGAGCCCUUGACAUUUACCAAUGCCAGUGAUCUAAAAUCAAGAUUGAAGAGAAUUGAAAUAUAUGGAUCUGCUAAGGCCCAUCCUGCUAGUAAGCAUACAAAUUUCAGACUACGGCAUAUAGUGUUCGAUUUGCACGGUAUGACAUCUCUAGAUUCUUCAGCGGCUCAGAUUGUCGUCGAUGUUUUAUUGAAUUACAAGAAAAGAGGAAUUGACGUUUUCUUCUGCCGUGUAUUUAGGGAUAAGGAUUUACUUCGCCGUCUUAAAGACUCUGGAAUCACUGGAACUCUAUCAUAUUUUGAGGGAUCAAAUUAUGGUAUACCUCAGCGUUGGCCACCAUACUAUGAUAAAAUAUUAGAUGCACUAAAGGCCAUCGACUGCAUUGAAUAUAGAAACAACAGCAACGAUGAUGUUCAAAGUUAUAUUUCUUCCUCUUUUCCAUACGAUGGUAGUGCAUAG